CACACACACACACACACACACACACACACACACACACACACACACACACACACACACACACACACACACACACACACACACACAUGCAUACUCAUAAACACUUCCUCUUAUGUAUUUAAGGACCAUGCAUAAAAAACAAAGAGAGAAGAGACCAUUUUUACUUGCUAACUUGCAGUCAUAGGCAAUCCCUUAAUUUAGUGCUGGAACAUCAUUUAUUUUCAUGCAAUAAUAAAUGUCUCCUAGUGCAAUUAUUAUGUUGAUGCCUGUCCAAGAAUGGCAUUCAUUCUAGUUGAAUUAACACAUGAAUUGUCGUGGAAUAACUCCAUUCAGUCGAUCAAAAAUAUUUAUUUUUAUGCAGUGAUUACAUUUGUUCUGCAAAAAAAUAAACGAAUUAUAAAAUCCAUUCUAGUGCAAUAAAUACAUUUAUUUUAACACACAUAUAACAAUCAAAACACACUAAAAACAUUACACAGACCCGCGUGCUUUAUUUGUGUAUCAGCGUGGGAGAGGAGGACUUUGUGCGCAUGCGUGACAACGUGACGUAAACUGUUGAUCACUGUCAUUGAUCCACGAGCAGAUCCACAUGUCAUGACCCCCCCCCCCCCCCCCCACCCCCAGCUGGCAUGACACGACAUAAAAAAAUACACUCAUGGUUCACCAUACAGCAUUACGUAAGUGUGUGUGUGAGCCGCCUGACAUACAGGACAUCAUGUGCCGCCCGGAGGGGACGUGGUGCGGCGCAGAGGUGUCGGGUGUCCCCCUCCGCGCCGGACAGGAAGUAGUCCGGGCAGAGCUACACACUGACGGACGCAUGGCUGAAGUGAGGGUUGGGGGGGGGGGGUUAGGCAUUUAUUUUGGGAGAGGGGGUAGUUGUGCUACGAUCUACACGUGUGUUUGAGUUUCUGCUUGAAGAAACAAAUGGAGUCCAGGAAGAGAUGGACACAGGGGAGGCGCGUGCGGUGUCACAGCACAGCCUCGGUGCCGCAGUUCACCAACUCCCCCACCAUGAUAGUGAUGGUGGGACUGCCGGCCAGAGGGAAGACCUACAUCUCUAAAAAACUCACGCGAUACCUGAACUGGAUCGGAGUGACAACGAAAGUGUUUAAUGUGGGUCAGUACAGAAGAGAUGCGACGCGCUCCUACAACAGCUUCGAGUUCUUCCGACCCGACAACGAGGAGGCCAUGAAGAUACGCAAGUCCUGCGCCAUCGCUGCGCUGAAAGACGUGUGUGAUUACUUCACCAGAGAGCUGGGGCAGGUCGUGGUUUUUGAUGCCACCAACACGACGCUGGAGCGCAGAGAGGUCAUCCUCGGCUUCGCUAUGGAGAACGGCUACAAGGUCUUCUUUGUGGAGUCAAUCUGUGACGAUCCAGAAAUCAUCGCUGAGAAUAUUAAACAAGUGAAGCUGAGCAGUCCCGACUACAAAGACUGUGACAAAGAGGAGGCUGUGGCCGACUUCCUGAAGAGGAUCGAGUGUUACAAGAUGACCUACAUCCCGCUGGACGACAACAAGGACAGGUACUUGUCCUACAUCAAGAUCUUCAACGUGGGCAGCCGGUACCUGGUGAACCGGGUCCAGGACCACAUCCAGAGCCGGAUCGUGUAUUACCUCAUGAACAUCCACGUCACGCCGAGGUCCAUCUACCUGUCUCGCCACGGAGAGAGCGAGCUCAACCUCGUGGGACGCAUCGGCGGGGACUCGGGGCUGUCGCCUCGUGGAGCAAAGUUUGCCAGCGCUCUGGGGGCGUACAUGCGUGGUCAGUGCAUCAGUGACCUGAAGGUGUGGACGAGUCACAUGAAGAGGACCAUCCAGACCGCCGAGGCUCUGGGGGUCCCGUACGAACAGUGGAAGGCCCUCAAUGAGAUAGACGCUGGUGUGUGUGAGGACAUGACGUAUGAGGAGAUCCAGGAGAAUUACCCAGAGGAGUUUGCACUGAGGGACCAAGACAAGUACCGCUACCGCUACCCUAAAGGAGAGUCAUACGAGGACCUGGUGCAGCGUCUGGAGCCGGUCAUCAUGGAGCUGGAGCGGCAGGAGAACGUUCUGGUCAUCUGUCACCAGGCCGUCAUGAGAUGUCUGCUCGCUUACUUCCUGAACAAAACUUCUCAUGAGCUGCCCUACCUGAAGUGUCCUCUGCACACGGUGCUCAAACUCACACCUGUUGCCUACGGUUGUAAAGUGGAGUCUGUCUUCCUCCAUGUUGAAGCUGUCAACACACACAGAGACAAACCAGUGAACGUGGACGUCGACAGAGAGCCAGCAGAGGCUUUGCAGACGGUCCCGGAUCACAUCUAGUGGGACAAACUGGUCCGGGGAACUGGUUUAAUUUCCACCCACCUAAAUGGAAAGUGGCCUUUUUAAUUUAAGUAAAACUAGUGUUCAUUGUUACCUUUGGUCGUUGUUGUGAAAUGUAGAAUCAUUGUGAGGUAUGAAAAUGAGACAUUUCUCCUAAGGCAGCCUAUUUCCAUUGUAAAGCACUUUAUAAUGCAGGGCUCAGGCCAGAUGUCUGUUAUGAAGAAGAGGAGGCUUCCUUUACUGUGAAAGUGAACUACUGCGGGUCAGGUGACCAGAAUCUCUGUUUGGAUAUUCGUGAACAUGCAUGUCUUUGUGUUCUUCUCUUCAUCCCUCAUUUCGUAUUUCCUCCGCCUUACUUGUAAUAAUGCAUCAGCCACCUUUAAGUCACUUCUUCAUGUCCAUCUGAACCACUUCACAUCAUGUUAUCUUGUCUCCACAUCACAGAGGUACAUCAUAUGAGAAUCCAAACGACUGGUAAGCAGCAGUUUUGUAACUAGCAGUCACAGCGGUGCAAAGAGGAAUGCAAAAUAAGACAAAUAAGUUGAAGCAGUUCAACAUUUUGAUCACUAAACGUGUUCAAUUUCUUGCUGAGAGAUACAGGAGAGAUACCACUGUCACAUCUGUGCACUAAAUAUAAAGUCAAUGAAGCGGUUAGCUUAGUUUAGCUUAGUUUAGCACAAAGACUGGAAAUGGAAACAGCUUGCCUGGCUCUGUGUAAAAGUAAAAGAAUAUAUUAUACCAACACCUCUAGAGCUUAAUAACCAACCCCUUAUAUCUGGUUAAUGAAAUGAUCCAAAAUAAAAGUGUGAAAAUGGUUAAUUAUAUAUUUAAAUAAGGGAAUUGACUAUUUAUUGGCCUGGCACAAUGAUAGCACAAAGCCUGGCAAUCUCAUGGUGAGGAUAAGACUCAACGAUAUAGUAUUUAAUAUUAGGUUUCAGUCUGUGUCGGAGGCUUUGUAGACUAUCGGAAGUCUUUAUUAUAUUAGGGAAAGUUAAAUGCUGCGUGUCCUUCCUGUCACAAGUUAUUUGUAUGCCUGCUGGCCGCGCCUCAUAUUUAACAUGCAUCUCAGUUCAAGUCCAAACUAUGCUUGAACCGGGAUUGGCUUGUUAGUUGGAGUCCUUUCAUAUCCUGUCUAAAAGCAGAUCACACUGGUAAUUAUCUUUAAGGUGUGGUUUUGUUGUCACAGUGGAAAGAUAAUUUGUCUAUAAUAUGAUCCUUAGAAAGUCAAUUUAAGGGGACAUUUGGCACUUUAACUGCCCAAAUACCAUGAUGUGCCUCACAUGAGUUUAAUAAACAUGAUUAUUCUAUGCACCCUCACUGCACAUACACACACACACACACACACACACACACUGGAGGCAGAGGCAAAGUGUCUGUGCUGUAGUAUGUGUUUAACUGACAUCGGUCAUUGUAUUAAGAUACACGAGGGAAUCUGGUGCAAUAUAGUUUUUUUAAAUAGGUUUACAUGGACCUUAGGUCAUGAUCUGGCAGCCUGUAUCACAAAGCAAGCUAAAUAUAUUCUGGUUCUCUUAAAGUAACUUCACCGAGCCGGACAUCAUUGUCUACACUACUUAGUUUACUUCCUGAUCAUAGUGACAUCACUAGGUAAAACUUGUGCUUCUAUUGGCUAGCGCUCCAACUCAUUGCGCGUGAUAAGGGUUAAGGAGCGGGACAUCUCUAAACUGGCCAGCUAACCAAUCAGAGCAGACUGGGCUCUGGUUUCAGACAGAGGGUGAAAAGAGGUGCUGCAGCACAGGCAGUAUGAGAAACAUAAAGAGCUUUUUGAACAUUAAAGCAUGGAGACAUGUCCCAGGAGAGACACUACAUACUGAUAUGAACCUGAAAAUGAGCAGAAUAGGACCCUUUAACCCAAAUAUACCCAGCUAACAUAGAGCAGUCUUAGUGAUACAGGCCUCCUGAUAUGAGCUAAUUUCCAUCACCUGGAGGAGCAAUAGAAAAUACAAUCUUCUCAGGGGACCAUUGUUUUAUUUAAAGGGAUGCCACCACAUGAAAUAAAGUGUAAAUAAAUGCAUGUUCUUAUUUCAACACAAUGUGAAAAGUGUCUAGGAUUUAAAAGUCAUCCCUUUUUGAAACAGAUGUUCAGUUUGUAGCAGAUCUGGAGUCAGAUCUGUAAUCGUGUGCUUUGUGUGGUGAAACUGUAUCCAAGGUCACAAACUGCUCUUGUCGUCCACUUUAGUGCAAUUGUGCCUGUGUGUCCUGAGCUCUGUAAUAUGUAGCUGCGAUGUCAAAGAGUUACAUGUCGUCUUGUCCAACAGUCAUGAGCGUUUGAGAACAAUGAAUGAAAAGUCAAAUAAAUGCAAAUCAUUGAUCAAAUAUAAGAGAUUUUAUUUUCUGAACAUGAGCAAAGAACUGUUACCUUUUUCAGGCAAUAAAAGCAAAAAUGGAACCCUGAA